AGGAGCUUACCUACAUGCAAAUGAAGCAACGCAACCUUGCUGCCUCUGAUCCAGAGCGGGAGGAGGAGGACCAGGAAUACACUCAUGUUCCCCGAGCUCUAGAAAAAACACCGUGAACUCCUUCAAUGUUUAAACUUCACAAUUAAACAGGCUAGACAAAAGCCGCUUUCGUAAUUUUUACGCACCAAUCGUGUAGAGACCAAUAACGGAAUACAACGGGGCAGACAGAUUCAGUCAAUACUUCACUACUGUUAUGAAGCGAGAAUGAGUAGCGCAGAAGACAGCGGGAGCAAGUGCUCGUCGGGCCCGAUUUCCAGCUUUACCAUCCAGUCAAUUUUAGGGACGCCGUCCGAUGCGCCGCGCUCCGGGACCAAAGAGCUCUCCAAGGGGCCGCCGCCUCCGCCGCGGAGGCGCUCACUGUCGGUGUCCUCCGAGGAGGAGUGCAGCGGCGGGGAGGACUCAGCAGACUGCUUCUGCUCCGACACGGGUCACAGCGAGCCAUGCACCCAGCACCAAGCCCAUAACUUCUCAUGUUUAGGUCCCGCUAAAGGACUUCUGUCUGGAAAUGACGGGCUCGCACGGCGGCCGCACCUGCCACAGCCUCUGCUGCAGGAUUAUAAGGAGGAGCGGGAGAGACCGUGCCAUCAAAUGUCACCUCUGUCGGAGGAGAGACAGACAGACGGUGCGGACAAGCAGGGCAACUCAGCCAAGAAGAAGACGCGCACGGUUUUCUCCCGGAGUCAGGUGUACCAGCUGGAGUCCACCUUCGACAUGAAGCGGUACCUGAGCAGCUCGGAGCGGGCCUGCUUAGCCUCCAGCCUGCAGCUGACGGAGACUCAGGUCAAGACGUGGUUUCAGAACAGGAGGAACAAAUGGAAACGGCAGCUAUCAGCUGAACUGGAGGCGGCCAACAUGGCCCACGCCUCCGCACAGACACUAGUGGGGAUGCCGCUGGUUUUCAGAGAUAAUUCCUUACUGCGUGUUCCAGUUCCCCGGUCUAUCGCCUUUCCGACGCCCCUGUAUUACCCGGGAAGCAACCUGCCAGCUUUACCUUUAUACAACCUGUAUAACAAGAUUGAGUACUGAUUGACUCUUCUGUAUGUUCAACACUGCUCUCCACGUAAAAAGAAAAAAAAAACGCAUUACAAAACAAUACAACAUUCUCAUAAGUGUCGCCACAUAACCGCUGUAUAUUAAUUGUAUCACUUUAUUUGUUGAGGAAAUUAUGCAGCAACUGUACGUCUCACAAGAAAGCAAUCAAGCUUCCCUGCGUGUAAAAAAAUACACCGUGUGUAUAAUUAAUUAUAAUAAUUUCUUUACUUUUAUUUGAUUUUCCAUCUCCUCCCUUAAGUGAUAAAAAUAAUGGAGUUUGGCAUUCAUAUCACAUUCAAGAAAAAUGGAUUCCACAAGAAAUGCUUUUACACUGUUUUUAUUCAUAAUUUGUUUGCCAAAUAUAUUGCAAAGCAUCAGUCAUUUUACUUAAUUAAUUAAUGGAAUAAUUAUUCCAUUUAAGGAAAAAUAUCAUUGUUUCUAUUGUAAUUUAGACCUUCAAUAAUAACCUCAUUCAAUAAAUUUUCUAUUUCAGUGAAAA